AUGUCCAACGGAAGGACUUUUUCCUUUGAGACCCAAGAUGAUGAGACUCUGAACAGGCGCGGGCAACAGCAGCGGCCACAUCAAUCUCAACCCUACCAACCUUACCAUGACUCUCUCCCUAGAGACAUUGUCUCUCCUCCUCCCAGAUACCCCUCGAAUUCCCCUCCCCCUCCGGCAAAUCCUUUUUCUCCUUCCACUUCCCCGCGACGACAUCCUGUCCCUCCAGAUACCCGCCUCCUGAGCGACGAUUCACCUUCCAGAGGCCUCUCAAGACGGCCAGGACCGGCAAUCAACUACGACGACAUGCCACCCCCUCCACCGCCACCUCAUAGAGCUAGCCCAAAUCGGCUCUCAAGAGACGAUUCGGGCGGUUCACGGCUCUACCGACCCUACUCCGACGUUACUGCGGGAACGGACAAUUUUGGCGAGCAAGUCGCGGGAGGUGGAAUUCACUCGGGAGCCCCGGGUAUGGCAGAUCACAAUCCGCGGGAAGGUGGCCUUGGUGCUGUGCGGUCCAUUCCUCAAUCCUACUCUCCAUAUGAUCGAGGAUACAGUCGAGACACAAGUCCCUAUCGACAACAACAAUUACUUCCACCAUCUCGAUUGUCCGAACGAAAUUCCUACGGUUCUUCAUUUGCUCUGGCUGCUGGGGCUGCCACGCCAGGAACCAUCACUCCUCCUGGAUCACCAGGCCCUCGGUCAUCUGGCUUCUCUGGCAGAAGCAUCCCCCUUGAAGAUUAUCAUUCCAACCCUAACCAGCCCAUGUCCUCCUCGAACUACCAAGAUUCCCCGUACCAGACCCCCUCCAUCAAUUCGGCCAAUAUCAUGAACCAUGCGAGCAUCAACCCGAACAAUAUCUUCGACGACGGCGACGAUGGUUUCAUGACAGAGCAACAACGGUCGGGACAGCAAAUGGGGAAUAGCAACUUGGGUCGCGGUGCGGCCGCCACUGCUGGUGCUGCUGGUGGCAGGGCUGGCCUCCUCGGAGGGAUUUUCGGUCGAAAAGCGAAAAACUACACUCCGAGCGGCACAUAUGACGCCGUCGGUGCAGAAAGCAAAGCCGAAAAGAGUGAAUGGUUGGCACGACAAACUAAAGGGAAGAGGAAAAUGAGAUGGCGGGUGGGAGUUGGGAUCGGUCUCGUGAUUGUCCUUGCCAUUGUAGCGGGCGUCGUCGGAGGUGUUCUUGGGACUCGAGGCUCCGAUAGCUCCAGUAGUUCAUCGAGUGGUGAUAUCAACAACGCAUAUGCCGAUACGGCGGCCAAUGGAGAUCUCGACAAGAACUCGGCGGAAAUCCAAGCGCUGAUGAACAACAAGGAUCUGCACAAAGUGUUCCCAGGUAUGGACUAUACUCCCUGGGGGACGCAAUAUCCCCUCUGCUUUACCUAUCCACCGUCUCAGAACAACGUCACACGGGACAUGGCUGUCCUUUCACAGUUGACGAAUGUUGUUCGUCUUUACGGUACUGACUGCAAUCAAACCGAAAUGGUUCUUCAUGCCAUUGAUCGGCUUGAAUUGACCGACAUGAAAGUGUGGCUGGGUGUGUGGAUUGACACCAAUCAAACCACAACGAAUCGACAAUUGGAUCAAAUGUAUAAGAUUCUGGCAGACACCGAAGAUCUGUCAAUCUUCAAAGGAGUCAUCGUGGGCAACGAAGCUCUUUAUCGAGCAGGCGAGGACAAGACACAAUCUGAACAGGAAUUGAUCGAUAUUCUGACCGAUGUCAAGUCGCAAUUCAAGACAAAAGGUUAUGAUCUCCCCGUCGCCACCUCAGAUCUGGGAGACAAUUGGAAUGCCCAACUCGUUCAAGCCGUUGACUAUGUCAUGUCCAACAUCCAUCCCUUCUUUGCCGGAGUUACGGCUGAAGCGGCUGCGGGUUGGACAUGGGAUUUCUGGCAGAAUCAUGAUGUUAUCUUGAGUGAAGGAAUGCCAAACAUCAAACAGGUCAUUAGUGAAACGGGAUGGCCAAGCGGGGGAGGGACGGAUUGUGGUGGAACCGACGGUUCUUGUGCCCCGGGGCAGAGUGGUGCUGUCGCCAGCGUGGAUGGAAUGAAUACAUUCAUGGAUACUUGGGUUUGUCAAGCAUUGGAAAAUAGCACCGACUAUUUUUGGUUUGAAGCAUUUGAUGAGCCUUGGAAAGUCAUCUACAACACCGACACUCAACAAUGGGAGGAUAAAUGGGGACUUAUGGAUCCUGGAAGAAAUUUGAAACCCGGCCUCAAAAUUCCUAAUUGCGGUGGCAAGACAGUUGGGUCUUGA